AUCUCUAUGACACAGUGAGGGUUGAUCCGGUCCACUCCCAUCCCUAGUGGGCCGGAUACGUUUCGAGGCUACAGAACUCCAACAUGGAUAUUGUGAUCGGUGCCUCGAUGGGCUAAAAAUCAGAACACAUGGCAUCCUGGCCCAUUCACCAGUGCGCUUGGAGAUAAGGCAGGCACGGCACAAGCUAGGCGCGCAAAGCCAUUCGACACAUGGGCGGCGCCGGCGAGCUAGACGCCUUCGACGCCGGCCGCUGCGCGGACGGGUACGCGCUGGGCCUCGCCGUGGGCCGUCGGUUCGCCGAGGUCAUCCAGAGCAGGAUGCGGCAGGACCUCGUGCUCCGGGAGCAGCUGCUGCCGUUCGCGUCGACGGCGCAGGCGCAGGCGCUCCUGGCCGCGCUCCAGUCCGCCAACAGGCAGAGGUACCCGCGGUACUGGGACGAGCUGGUGGGCACCGCCGACGGCAGCGGCGUCCCGCUCCUCCACGUCAUCCUGGUCAACUUCAGGAAGGAGGUCCUGCCGUUCAUCCCUAAGCAGGAGGAGGAGAAGGAGAAGGAGGAGGCCGGCGGCGACUGCUCCGACGUCCUCAUCGUCAGCGACUCCACGGCGAUCGCCGCGCACAACGAGGACGGGGACGUCGCGCUGCUCGGCCACACGUACCUCGUGCGGGCCACGCUGCCGGACGGCGCGUCCUUCACCGCCUACACCUGCGCCGGCGAGCUCCCGAGCUGCGCCUUCGGGUUCAACACCAACGGAGUGGCCUUCACGCUGAACUCGGUCCCCCCGGCGAACGACGAGAUCGUCGCGGGCGCCAUUGCCCGGAACUUCGUGUCCCGGGACCUGCUAGAAGCGAAGAACCUCGAGGACGCAAUGCACAGGGUCUGUUCACCGGCCGUCUCAGUCGGCCACAGCUACAACCUGACGGACGUCAGAGGGCGGAGGAUCGUCAACGUCGAGACCGCCUCCGGGAACCGGUUCGCCGUCCGCGAGGCCGGCGCCGUGCCCUUCUUCCACGCCAACAUGUACCGGCAUCUCCAAGUGAAGCAGGUGCCGGACGAGAACUCGAUGAGCAGGGAGAGGAGAGCUGCGCAGUGUUCGUCAGCAGUGGAUGUGGACUCCAAAGAGGCGGCGCUCUCGCUGCUGGGAGACACAGCUGACGAGAAGUACCCGAUCUACAUGACAGGUCCGAGGUUGUACACUCUGUGCACUGUUUUGGUUGACCUGGACGAGGCGACCAUGACCAUAUACAAAGGAAACCCAAGGGACGGAAACGCUGCUCAUGUUCUUCGAAUCCGUGCCGACCCGCCUGCCGGUUAAGUGGUUAACAGUACUAGGACAGUCGGUUAACAAUUUUCUUCUAUAAUCUACUUCAGCUAUUAAGGAGGCACAUGUAAAUUUGAUAUCACUUCAUAAUCAGGCAUUCUUACUUUCA